AUGGCAAGAAGAAAGAUUAACCUGGCAUUGGCCUAUAUCCUCAUCAUUGUGGAUUUUUCCAUUCGAAGACUUCUUAGAUUCAUUUCCCUGAAUAAAUGCAAAGAAGAUGUGAUAUGGCCUGAAAAGGAGUAUUUUAAUGGAGACGUGCUGCCUCCCCUCGCCACCACGGCCCCGCUCCGCGGGGAGCCGCAGCCCAGCCCCGCGGGGGGGCCCUGCGAACACCCCCCGGGUGCGGGGCGUCCUGGACUCCAGCAAGGCUGCCAGCACCAGGCUGUUUGCAGGCUCUCCAGCGCCAGGGAUUUAUCUGGGGAAGGCUACAGAGACACAAUUGGUGAUGAACACUUUCAUCUAGAAGUGGCUUUGCCUCCAGAGAAGACAGAUGGAGUUUGCAGUGGAGAUGAAAAGAAAACAGAAAAAGAAAGUGACACACGCACAGGUUCCAAGAAGCAACUGAAAUUUGAAGAAUUGCAAUGUGAUGUGUCUGUAGAGGAAGAUAACAGGCAAGAAUGGACCUUCACACUGUAUGACUUUGAUAACAACGGAAGAGUCACACGCGAGGAUAUUACCAGCUUGCUUCAUACCAUCUAUGAGGUAGUUGAUGCAUCAGUAAACCAUUCUCCUAGUUCCAGCAAAACUCUGCGAGUGAAACUUACUGUGGCACCAGAUGGCAGCCAGAAGAAAAAGAGUAUCUUGUUAAAUCAUACUGAUUUGCAGAGUGCCAGGCAUAGAGCUGAAAGUAAGCCUAAUGAAGAAGUGAGAAGCUCUGAGAAGAAACAGCGGGCUUCUCUCAGAUAUCACCAGAGUGAAAACAAUCCAGAGCAAAGUGGGUGCUAUCGUCAUUGUGUUGAUGAGAACAUUGAAAGGAGAAACCACUAUUUGGAUCUUGCAGGAAUAGAAAACUACACAUCAAAGUUUGGGCCAGGAUCUCCUCCAGCAGCUCAAAAACAUGACCCACCAAGCAGAGUUGUGAAUCAGACUAGAUCCCGUUCUCAUGAACCCGAAACCUUCCAUGCUCACCAUAGGAAAUCUCAAGUGGUGGAUACAAGCCACAUCAACCUGGCUGAAAGUUCAUAUGCCAAGAUCGCAGAAAUCCAACAGAGGCUCCGGAACCAGGACUCAAACAAGCACUUUGUGAGGUCUCCCAAGGCCCAGGGCAAAAAUGUUGCCCCUGUGCAUCCCGGAAGGGCAGUCAGAAAUAAACCUUUUCAAGGGGUGCCCAUGCCAAUGGCUUCCCCAAGUGCACGGGUGGGCCAGAAUCUUCCGUACCUCCCCUUGCAAUCUCAACAGGUUCACAAGAAGCAUAAGCAGAGGGCAAAGGAGAAUCACCAAAUGUGCAAAACCUUCCAGUCUCCAGGGACAGUUGUGGAAAAGGAACAUGUGAGAGACCUGCCCACAGUCAUUUUAUAUGAAGGCCAAGUUGGACAAAUGAUACAAAGACAUGAACACCACCACCACCACGAGCACCACCACCACUACCAUCACUUCUACCAGACAUAGAAGAGAUCCCUCCAACAUCCUCCAAGAAUCAUCCCAUAUGAAGGAAAUGCGUUCUUGUGAUAUCAGAACUAAGGCAUUAUUAUGAUUAAUAUUAUUGUUACUCCAUUAAUAUUCAGCUAGCAUAUAUUUUAGAGGUUAUAUGGAACUCUUGAAACUUACCCUAUUUAUAUGUUGUGGAACUGCAUAGCUUAAACACCUUGUGGAUUUUAUUUUAUUUUUUUUUAAAAAGUGGCUUGUAAAACAGCAAACAGCCAUAGCUUUUUGAGCUGUGAUUUAAUACAGGUCAUCAACGCACUUCUUUACAAGUACUACUUCCAUUGUAGUAGGAAAGAUACUUCAAACACUAUUGCAGACAUCUAGCUUACCACUCUGCUGUAUGUCAGCUGAUCGCACACAAGCCUUUUAUCAGGGGAGCAAUGUUCGAAGGGUUGGACUCCAGAGAUACUCAAAAUAAUGGAAAAUACAAACAGCUGCUACCUCUAGUAUUAUUCAGAUUUUAUUUUCUUUUUAUUGAUUGUAAUGUGCUACAGGGGGGGAAUUUUAAUAUACUGCAUUCAUGUAGCCUGUUUGUGUUCACAUCCUUUCAGAUUAUCUUAUAAUUACAAAAAAAUAUUAGCUAUACUUGUCAACAGAGCUACAUGUGUACGACUUACACUUUUAUUUUCUUGGAGAUUCUUCACUGACACAGUACAGUCUGUUAUAUACUGGUAAUAUUUAAAUAUACUUCUUUUAUUUUUGGUUUUUCACUUGCUUACUCUCCCUUCUGUUUGGGGUAACUGUUUGAAAAGAGGAGGAUGUGAAAUGGGGUUUUCAAAAGCAUCACUAGACUUUAGUGCUUGGGCCGUAAGUAUCAUUCAUGGGGGUUUGAGAAGGAGAGGGGUUGUUUGGGGUUUUUGUUUUGUUUAAAUCCACAGUUCUUUGUUUUGAGAAAGAAUUGAGGAAAAUAUACUUUCUCACUUUAAAUGUUGGCAAAUAUAUAUAAAAUAUAAAUAUAAAUAUAUAUAUAUAAAUAUGCACACUCUCAGGUACAUUUUGUUGUGUUUUAGAAAUCUGUGGUUUGAAUAUUAACAUUAUAAUAUUUUUUUUUCCACAACAGUAACUUUUUAGAAACAUACGCCAUGGCAUUUUCAUAGAUGCCUCCAAUUUAAAUUUCCCCAGCACCUACCAAGUUGUGCUUUUCCCAUUAUAGAGACAAUUCAACAUGUAAAAAAAUAUCAUGCACAAUCAUUCUGGCCUCUUCUACUUUUUCCUUAUUAAAGGGCUUCCAUUCCAUGAAGGAGAAUGAGACCAUACUCACAAGACCUUACUGGCUGCUGAGAAAUUUGAAGGUCAAAAGCAAAUUGGAAAAGUGAAAAAAAAAGGGUCAGUACAUCAAAGUUUUACUUUCUGUGGGGCCCAGAUUUAUAAUACAUUCAGCUGGGUUUUGUACAGAUCACCAUUUUGCAGGUAGAAACUGACUGAAAAACACCUACGUUGCUUUUGGAACAUUAAAGUAGAGAACUCCUCACAUUAUUGUUCUAUAAACAUAUUUGCUUUUGGUUUUAAUUAUUUUAAAUGUUGUGGUAUUUUGUCUAUAGUAUAUAUUAUAAAAUGUAACUAUCCCACAUUGUUAUAAGCCCUUUGUGAGUAGGGUUUUUUUUCUGACUAGAGUUUUGAUCAAUCCAAAAUGGGGUAUUACUUUACUGCUGACCAGUUUUAGAGGAAUGUCCUUUCUAAGAACAUGGAGGCAUCAACUUUUAAAGAAAAGUGGAAAGCCUUGCCUUCUUGUGGAAUUGGAAUAGAAUCACUGCUUCAUGGUAAUUAGGUCCAUCUCUUGUAUCCUUGGAUCAGCAGUUGUUUAGACUUAUUGAUUGUCCUCUUUUAAAAAUCUGGUUUAUUUUAAUUUUUUUUUAGCUGUCAACAGUGUGUUCUGUUAAAUCUAACAAAUGUUUUUAAAAUGUGUUUGAUCUGUGUGACAACUAUACUGUUCUGUUUAUUUUAAAAAUUCCUAAAGUCCAAAAAUAUUUAUAUGCAGAAUUUUCUGUAUUAAAAAUAUGAAAAGGCCACAAAUUUGGUUAGUUACCACUGAGUUGUUCUAGUCUAAGCCUUUUUUGCUGCUUGUGUAUCAUUCUUUUUCAAUGUAUAUAUUAUUAUGGACUUUAAAAAAAAGGCAUUUAUAUGUCUAGUAGAAGGAAUAAGCUUAUUUAUAUUAUAGUGUUAACAAAGUCUGAUGUAUUCAAGUGACUUACGUUAUACCGCAUGCAAACACACCAGUGUACAUUCCAUCUAAGAAGGGAUGCCAUGCUAUUUAUUUUGAGUAACUAAUUCAAGCUGUUCUCUUUUCAGUAGAGCAUCUGCCAGAAAGUCUGGGAGGUGGGAAUUGUUUCUUAGUCAAUUUUUUUAAUGCAGAUUUUUUUUGAAAACCAGGAAAUGUUCUGGAAAACUAGAGUGCUUUCAGAACUGUGGGUUUUUCUAAGAAAGGGCAGUAAAGGGGCAUAAAUGCUCUUUCACCCAAAGAUAUUUUGCUGGAAAAGAUAACAGCACCAGUAACAAAAUCCCAUCUGAUUGAAAAGUUUGCAGUACUAGCUGUGACAAAUGGACUCUGAAGUGUAACACAACUGACCAUUGGUUAAAUCCUUGCAUUGAUUUGGUUUGGUUUAUUGUAUUUGGAGAUUCGAAAGACAAAUUUUACCUUGCGCAGAUUCUGUGAAGUACAAAUACAUUUUAAUAACGUGGCAUCCCCGGACUAAAACUUUACACCAGCCAUGUAUGAACACACAGUAUCUUAAUACUGUGUUGCAGUUGUGUUACGUGCAUUAAGUAUGAAUAACAUGUAGCACAGUUUCUUUUCACAGAACCUUAAAUUUCCAUAUCUUUUAAAAAUGUUUGCUUUUCAGUAUUUUGUAUAGUAAAUAUAGAUGGUUUUGACUAAAUACUUUAUUUAUUUAACAGCAAAACUGUGCCAAGAGAACCCCUGUUAAUUAAAGUUUUACUAGUUCAGAAAGUAUAUUUCCUUCUUCUUGUUGUGGAUUUCAGGGGCUUAUUGCAAUUACUUUCAGUGCUUGCAGAUCCCACUGAUGAAAGAGCUUGCAUUAACAUUUUUGGGAACAGGAUCAGGCCAUAAGGUAUGGACUGGGUAUGCUUUGGUUUUAUAUAUAAACUAUCAAGUUUCAAAGGUAAAUUUCUUGUCCCCUACUGUUAUACCUGUGUUGUGUAACUGAUUUUUCGGCUUGUUAAUUCUGAAAACUUUUAUAUAUAUAUAUAUAUAUAUAUAUAUAUAUAUAUAAUUUUAAGUUGCUAAA